GUAUGCAUGUUUUUAUAUUUAUAUAUAAACAUAUCUGUUUUAGUUAUAAAAUGUACUUAGUUGUUUUUUUGGUGCAAAAUGUUUCCUCCUGAAAUGAGUUCUGUUAUCAGUCAGUCACAAGAAUACUUAAGUUUCAGAAGUACUGUUCCGCAGCAAAAAGUUAUUGUUGACAGCGAUGAAGAAGAAGAUAAAGUAUGGAUCGUUUAUGACGCUGGCCCAAAAAGCGUAAGAUGUCCUCUUAUAUUCUUACCUCCAGCUAGUGGAACUGCUGAUGUUUUUUUUAAGCAAAUAUUGGCGUUAUCCAGUGUAGGCUAUAGAGUAAUGGCUAUUGAGUACCCUGUUUACUGGACAAAUGAAGAAUGGGUUGAAGGUUUCAGAAAAUUGCUUGAUCACUUUCGUUUAGAUAAAGUCCAUAUAUUUGGUGCAUCACUUGGUGGGUUUUUAGCUCAAAAGUUUGCAGAACACACUGUCAAAAGUCCACGGAUACAUUCUCUGAUUCUUUGCAAUUCCUUCACAGAUACUACAAUCUUUCAACAAACAAACAUGGUUAAUUUUUACUGGAUGCUGCCUGGAUUUUUAUUAAAGAAAAUGAUAAUGGGAAACUUUCAAAUUGAAGAUGUUGACCCAGAUACUGCUGAUGCCAUUGACUUUAUGGUGGAAAGGUUAGAUAGUUUGAAUCGCACUGCAAUUGCUUCACGUCUAACUCUUAACUGCACUAACUCAUACGUAGAACCACAAAGAUUACAUGGAAUACAAAUCACCAUCUUAGAUGUAUUUGAUGAAUGUGCAAUUUCAGACCCUGUCAAAGAAGAGGUAUACAAAUGUUUUCCAGAUGCAAAGCGCGCACAUUUAAAAACUGGUGGCAACUUUCCCUACUUAUGUCGAUCUCCAGAAGUCAAUCUACAUAUUCAGCUUCAUCUGCGUGAGUUUAAUCGUACAAGGUUUAGCGCUAUAGAUCCGCGUUUUCUUGUUGAAGUUGAAGAAGAAACGGAGGAUAUUCACCUACCCAAUCAGUAACAAUACACGUGGUAAAACGUCGUUUAACGUUAUUUAUAAUAGUAAGAUAAUAUUCGAUAUUAAUAAAAGGUAUUUUUAAGACGUUGUAUUAGGUCAGUAUUAGUAAUGUAUCUUUUUUUUUCUUCUUCAAACGUUAAAAAUCUUUUUUUAUAUUAGAUGUAUUGAUCUUUUAAUUUUACUGUUUUUGAAUUUACUGAAUUUCACGGAUUUAAGUCAAACAUAAAUAAGAAAAAAAGAAAAAAACAUAUUUUUUUGUUGUUUUUAACUGUCUUUAAAUUGUGAAUUUUGCUCUUUUAUUGUAAUUUACGUAAAUUAUGCUUUUUUUUAUAAGUAUUUAUGUGUUGUUAAACUUUUUACAUUUUGUUUACUUUGUGAAGCAUUUUUUUUUUAACAAAAUAUUUUUCAAAUAUCUCUUUGCGAAAUUUAUUAUUAGAGUUUUUGUAAUGCAUUCAUAUUUCAUUUUUUGCGUUUGAUAAAAGCAGUAUUCAAUAUUAUUGUUAAA